CUCAAAUCCUAAAGUAUUCUGCAAAGUGCCACUUGACGGGAACUUUUCACCUGCCUUUUCCUUUCUCCAACCACCAUGACGGAGAUCACUGCUGAAGGAAAUGCGUCUACUACCACCACAGUGAUAGACAGCAAAAAUGGAUCUGUGCCCAAAUCCCCUGGGAAAGUUCUGAAAAGGACAGUCACAGAAGACAUAGUGACAACAUUCAGCUCCCCAGCAGCCUGGCUUCUGGUCAUUGCUCUGAUAAUCACAUGGUCAGCUGUUGCUGUCGUUAUGUUUGACCUAGUGGAUUACAAAAACUUUUCAGCAAGCUCUAUUUCCAAGAUUGGCUCAGAUCCUCUAAAACUUGUACAUGAUGCUGUGGAAGAAACCACCGACUGGGUCUAUGGCUUCUUUUCUUUGUUGUCUGACAUCAUCUCGUCUGAGGGUGAUGAAGAAGAUGAUGAUGAUGGGGAUGAGGACACUGAUAAAGGAGAAAUAGAGGAGCCUCCCUUGAAACAAAAAGAAAUACACAAAGACAAGACUGAAAAGCAGGAGAAACCUGAAAGGAAAAUAGUACCUAAAGUUACACACAAAGAAAAACCAAAAGAAAAAGAAAAAGCUGAAAAGAAAGCAACUCACAAGGAAAAAAUUGAGAAAAAAGAAAAACCGGAAACAAAGACAGUGGCAAAAGAAGAGAGGAAAACAAAGACCGAAGAGAAGAUUAAAAAGGAAGUGAAAGGUGGGAAACAAGAGAAAGUGAAGCAAACAGCCGCAAAAGUCAAAGAAGUACAGAGACCAUCACCUAAGCCCAAGGAGAAGGAGGGAAAAGAGACCGCAGCUGUGUCCAAGCAUGAACAGAAAGGUAAACAUUCAGAGGAGGUGGCCAGAGGUUCUAAGAGAAUUUUGGGCAAGAAGCAGAUACAAUAA